CGCGAGCCGCGGGGCGCGCGGAGGAGGCCGGGGAGGAGGGCCGGGACGGAGGGCGGCGCCGCCGGGCCCCGACGCGCAGCGAGGCGCACGCGACCCGCGCCCCCAGUGCGGCUGGGAUUGGCCCGCCGGCGGCUUCCCCGCCCCCAGCCGGUCGCCGGCGAGGACUUCCUGGGGGGUUUCUUGCCUUCCCUCCGGUUUCGCUCCAGAGGCGAGGGCCCGAGGUCCGGGAGCGCCCGGGGGCUGUCGGCGCAGGGAGGCCGCGCUGCGCACCGCCGCGAUGAGGCUCCGGAAGGCGUGUCUGCUGGUGCUGCUCCUGGCGCUGGCGCAGCUGCUGGUCGCCGCGAGCGCCGGGGGGCCGGAUGAAGAUUCUCCUAAUAAGGAGGACGCCAUUGAGGACGACGAGGAGGAGGAGGACGAGGAGGACGAGGAGGACGACGACUUGGACGUCAAGGAAGAAAAUGGGGUCCUGGUCCUGAAUGACGUGAACUUCGAUAACUUUGUGGCUGACAAAGACACGGUGCUGCUGGAGUUCUACGCUCCGUGGUGUGGACAUUGCAAGCAGUUUGCUCCGGAGUAUGAGAAAAUCGCCAGUGCCUUGAAGGAGAACGACCCUCCCAUUCCUGUGGCCAAGAUCGACGCGACCUCAGAGUCGGCGCUGGCCGGCAGGUUUGGGGUGAGCGGCUACCCCACCAUCAAGAUCCUUAAGAAGGGCCAGGCUGUGGACUACGAGGGCUCCAGGACUCAGGAAGAAAUUGUUGCCAAGGUCAAAGAGGUCUCCCAGCCCAACUGGACGCCUCCUCCGGAAGUCACACUGGUGCUGACCAAAGAGAACUUCGAUGAAGUGGUGGACGGGGCAGACAUCAUUCUGGUGGAGUUCUACGCCCCAUGGUGUGGACACUGCAAGAAGCUGGCCCCUGAGUACGAGAAGGCCGCCAAGGAGCUGAGCAAGCGCUCCCCCCCAAUCCCGCUGGCCAAGGUCGAUGCCACUGCGGAGACAGACCUGGCCAAGAGGUUCGACGUCUCUGGCUAUCCCACCCUGAAAAUCUUCCGCAAGGGAAAGCCUUUUGAUUACAACGGCCCACGGGAAAAAUACGGUAUCGUCGACUACAUGAUCGAGCAGUCCGGGCCACCCUCCAAGGAGAUCAUGUCCCUGAAGCAGGUCCAGGAGUUCCUGAAGGAUGGGGAUGACGUCAUCAUCAUUGGGGUCUUUAAAGCGGAGAGUGACCCAGCCUACCAGCAGUACCAGGAUGCUGCGAAUAACCUGCGAGAAGAUUACAAAUUCCACCACACUUUCAGCACUGAAAUAGCAAAGUUCCUGAAAGUCUCCUCGGGGAAGUUGGUCAUAAUGCAGCCUGAGAAAUUCCAGUCCAAGUACGAGCCCCGGAGCCACGUGAUGGACAUCCUGAGCUCCACGGAGGGGUCAGCCAUCAAGGACCACGUGCUGAAGCACACCUUGCCGCUGGUGGGGCACCGCAAGACCUCCAACGACGCCAAGCGGUACACGCGGCGCCCCCUGGUGGUCGUGUACUACAGCGUGGACUUCAGCUUCGAUUACAGAGCUGCCACCCAGUUUUGGCGGAACAAAGUCUUGGAGGUGGCCAAGGACUUCCCCGAGUACACUUUUGCCGUGGCCGAUGAGGACGACUUCGCCGCGGAGGUGCAGGACCUGGGGCUCAGUGAGAGCGGGGAGGACGUCAACGCCGCCGUCCUGGACGAGGGCGGCCGGAAGUUCGCCAUGGAGCCUCACGACUUUGACUCUGAAACCCUCCGGGAGUUUGUCAGAGCGUUCAAAAAAGGAAAACUGAAGCCGGUGGUCAAAUCCCAGCCGGUGCCCAAGAACAACAAGGGGCCUGUCAAAGUCGUGGUGGGGAAGACCUUCGACUCCAUUGUGAUGGACCCCAAGAAGGACGUCCUCAUCGAAUUCUAUGCGCCCUGGUGCGGGCACUGCAAGCAGCUGGAGCCCGAGUACACCGCCCUCGGCAAGAAGUACAAGAACCACAAGAACCUGGUCAUCGCCAAGAUGGACGCCACUGCCAACGACAUCACCAACGACCGCUACAAAGUUGAGGGGUUCCCUACCAUCUACUUCGCCCCCAGUGGGGACAAAAAGAACCCAAUUAAAUUUGAGGACGGAAACAGAGAUCUGGAACAUUUGAGCAAGUUUGUAGAAGAACAUGCCACAAAACUGAGCAGGACCAGAGAAGACCUUUGAAGGCCUUGAGUUGAGGUCUGGCGGGCGGGAGGGACCAGACACUGGAGCCCCCAGCGGCCGGUGGCCGGAGCCCCCAGCGAGCCAUGCAGCUGGUGGCUUAACACAAGGGCAGGAUCUCUUUGGUUUUUAAUUUUUUUUUUUUUUUUUUUUAUACUCUGGGGUUUCACCUCAUGCUCUGAAUACUGAAUAGGUAAGAAUGACUCCAUAGAUUAGCCCAGAUUUUUACAGAGGAUACAUCUAUUUUUACCAUUAUUUGGGGUGUAAUUGCUUUUUUUUAAUCUUCCAUUUUCUUUAAUAUAUUUCUUCAAAGCAGAUAAGUUGAAUCUCUUCUGUGUGAAUGUUUUUUUUUUCUUUAAUUUAAAAUUUAAGAAAACAUUUGCCAAAUCACAUUGAUUUUUUUUUUUUUUUUUUUUUUUUGCAUUUUAUUUUACGGUUAUCUGAGGAAUUACCCGCUGGCGAAGAUUUGACUGUCCGUGUGCUUUGGUUUUCAUUUCUUACUGUACGGCACAAGGAACUGUCACCAAGCACCCUGCCAAGGAUGACAUUCCAGCCCGACCUCUGGGCCGCCACCCGGUCCUGAGAGAGUGGCACCUCUGUGCAGGACGGGGCGUCGCCGUGCCUUCUGCUUUCAAGCCAACGACCACGGGGUGAGGAGGGGUUCCCAGGUCCCCAGGCCCCGGGAGCCUGAUUGCAAGGCUCAGCCUCUGGGUGAGAGACCCCCAACCUGGGAUAGGCAGUCCCACCUCUUUGGAAGCCGGACAGCCUGAGGAGAGGUGACCUAGGGCACAGGUGGUAUGUUAGGGUGAUGGAAGAGAGAGGGUAGGCUCUCGUGACGGAAUAAAACAAUUACUGAAAAUUGA